GCAAGAUGGAAGAAUCUUUCAAAGGAUUUCCUCAGUUUUUGUGUGUAUUCCUCAUUUUUUCAAUAUUUCUGGAUGAUUCGAAAGCCUUCACAAUAAGACGACAGACAAGAACAAUUGCUGGUUUUCCAUUGAGGAUUAGAACAAGAAACUUUAUUGGAAAAUAUGGGAACUAUUUCAUUCACAAUAUGAACAAGGUUCCAUUUUUGGACGCGGUGGAAUCAAUAAAAGAGAAACUUGUGGAAUUGGAUGAAGAAAUAAGUGACGGUUUACUGGAUUUAUUCGGCCAAUUUGAAGAAAUGGAGAGAGAAGUAUGGGGCGCUUGAUGCGUUGGAAGGGUGCUAUGAUAUUGUUUGAUCUCAACUCAUGUAGUAACAAAAGCAUGAAUGAUUGUAAAUAGAAAUGUAAUUACAAAUAUAAUAAGAAUAUUUUGAAUAU